AUGAUAGAGGACAGCAGUACUAGGUUUUCUACCGAUGGUUCGACGGCAAACACGGAUACUUCAGCAUCAUCAUCACAAUCCAGGCAAAGGAGAAAGAGAAAAUGGGAUCAGCCUGCUGAGUCGCUGAUUUCAGCUGGAGUUGCAAUAUCUGGUGCUGUUCAAUUAGGAAAUGUGGGGUCACUUGUUGGGAUCUCGUUACCAGGGGCUGCUUCAGUCUCUGGUGCGCUUUUAGAAAAUCCCCAAGUUGCUAUUGUUCCGCCUAUGUUUCAGGUGCCUUCGAUGCCACAAAAUAAUGCUACUGUGAUCCUGAAACCAAAUCAACCUAAGAUUCAGGAUGAAUUAAUAAUAGCACGAGAGAUCGUUAUAAAUGAUGCAGAGUCCUCUGUUCGCUACAAGCUUACAAAGCGGCAGACACAGGAAGAGAUCCAGAAAUGCACUGGUGCUGUGGUGAUAACUAGGGGCAAGUAUCGUCCACCAAAUGCACUGCCAGACGGUGAAAAGCCAUUAUAUCUUCACAUAUCUGCUGCUGCUCAUUUAAAAGAUACUGCAGAACGGAUUUUGGCAGUUGAUCGUGCAGCAGCCAUGGUUGACGAAAUACUGAAACUGGGCCAGAGCUCACAACCUGCUUCUUCCAUUUUUCAAACUGCUGCAGUUAAUGGAGUAAAGGCACUAAGCACGUGUGUGUUUUUGGGCUUUGACACAGACCCAACAGUGAAUAUUGCUGCUCAAAUUCGUGGACCAAAUGAUCAGUACAUAAAUCAUAUUAUGAAUGAAACAGGGGCGACUGUCAUACUAAAAGGUUGUGGUUCUGGAAACUCGGAAAGCCAGAGUGUUGGAGAAGCACAGCAACCACUUCAUUUAUUUUUGUCUGCUAGUAAUCCAAAGAGUCUUGAAGAUGCAAAACGUUUAUCUGAAAACCUUCUGGAUACAAUCAGUUUAGAGUGUGGUGCCUCCAGGGCUUCGUCAUGUAAAGUUUAUCAUGCUGUCCCACCACCGCAGACGUUAGCUGGAGUUCAGACUGCUGGAAUUGAGCACAAAGUAAGCACAAGUCCAAUUACUGGCUUGACGCUACCAACAAUGAGGUCUACACCAUCCAUGCCAGCUUCUUUAGGUUCAGUUUCUGGGCUUCCUAGUGUCAGUUCGCAAGGGAUUGUAUCACAAUCUGGGGGAAUUUUGAGCUGUGGGCCCCAGCCAAGUGUGGCUGGUUAUCCCAAGCCUUUUGUAAUGGGAGGAACGAGCUAUAGUGGAUAUGGUGGUAUAUAUCCUCAAGCUACACCUUUGCAACAAGUUGUCUUAGCCCUUAGGCAGCCACUUUUCCCCAUCACUUCGACAGUUGUUCCUACGACAUCUGUAGCAAAUACAGCACCAAAUUCGGGAAUGAACUCUAUUGCUGAAAAAGACAAACGACCUACACAGAAACGGAAGUUCCAGGAAACACCAGUUGGUUCAAAGGGUCCUGCAAAACUUCAUCAGGGAUCAGAAUUGUCAAAGCCUGGUGAACCACUGCCAGCAGAUUUGGGUGUGAGAAAUAUAUCAACAAUGCCAGCUCCAAGGAAGUUGUUCACUCCAUCAACUCCAGCUGCGAAGCUGCAAGACAAGAACAAUUUUUGGAAUAAAAACAAGUCUGAUACUGUACCUGAUACUUUAGUGAAGCUGAUGGAAUAUGGCGAAGAAGAUGAUGAUCCUGAGGAAACUAGUGAAGAAUCCCCAAAUGGGAACUCGAGUGUUGUGGCAGUUAGAAAACCAUUUUGGGCUUUAUGA